AACGUAUUUGACCAUAGAUUAAAAAUUGCAUCCCCUGAUUUUGUACCUCCAUUAUCUCUGUUUUCAUGUCUCCCAUCAAUAGGCUCUGGCAAAAAAGAGGCGCUGCCUUCUACCCCUUACGUUUUUCUGGGGCUGUUCUCUGCGUCUUUUGCUUCCCCAACUAAUAAAUCAAUAGAAACAGCUAUCCCUGGGAGCACAGGCUAGAGCUUGCUUGCUUUAUUCCCCGAGUUUCAUCCUCUGAUUUUUUAGUAGAUCAGGAUUUUUUUUGCUUUCAUCUGGGAUUUUUUGAAACACAGAGUGACAUGACGCUCUAUUGAGGAAUUCUUUUUAUACAUUCCUUAACGUCUAAACAGGGAAACUUACAAAUCCUCCCGAUGCAAGGGACAAGGGGUAGAAUAGGUUCCUUGGCUGAAACCUUGGAAUUUGAUUGUGGAUCUACUUCAAGUAAUGCUACCGUGGAUCAGCAGAUUUGCUGGGAUGGCACGAGGAACCCUUUAGAAAAUCAAAGCCCUCAAAUUAUGCUUUCACCUGGUGAUGUGAACCCAUUGUAUGCAAAUUCAAUUAACCAUGAAUGGAAGAGCGUCAAUAAUUGGAGAAUUGGUGAGCCAGGUUCCAGUGAUUCACAUAUUGAAAUUAACAAUGACGAGCAGAAAAGAGAACUUGGAUGGUCAUCUUCAACGAGUGCUGGUGCUGGAUCAAGAUUAGGGUGGCAGUUUGAAUCAACCAAUUUACCUUCAUUGGACAAUGUCAAUACAAGUCCUACGUGUAUGAACAACUCCAAUCCUCAUUCUGUAUCACAGAAUCUCAACCUAAAUGCCAGUUUGGCAGAUGCCGGCUUUAAUAUGGGGCAGCAUCUUGAGCAUCCUAGCUUGAACAAACCAAGUGGAUCAGUAAAUGAGCCUAUCCCACCUACUGUUGGUCCUGCGCCCUUUGCUCAUCCUUCUGGAAGUAACAUGGUAGAUAAUAGUAGUGGUAGGCUGGGGUAUUCUACUGAUGCCCAGCGUGUAUCCUGUAAAAGAAAGGCUGUUGAAGGAUAUGUUGGACAAUCUUCAGAAGGUGAAAGUUCUAGCCGCAGCCAGUACACAGAAAACUGUGCUUGGCAUACACUUCCUACUCAGAGUAAUUCUUGGAGCAGUUUAAGCAGAUCUGCUACAUCAGCAUUGAUAAGUUCAAGACCUGGCCGGGAUGUGGGUGAUGAAUCUUCAGAGAGCAUUGAUAAUUUGAAUGUUGCAAGAAGCUCAAAUAGCUUCCUGAGGAAUUCUCGCUUGAGGAUAAAUCCUUCAAAUCAACAGGAUUCCAUUCCUUUUGUUGCAUUCUCCAAUGACAGUGUGACUAGACGUUCUACAAUUCCUUCAUGUUCUCCUAUGACACAAAGUUUUUGUCCUGUUGAUGGCUCUAUGGAUUUGAGGUCAGCGCCAUCUGCAGAUAUCGUUCCACAAAGCCAGCCCUUUGGAACCAGUUCUCCUUUACGCAGGAAUAUGCCAUCAUUUAGAUGGAGUGGAAGCUCUAACUCAAGAAACAGCCAUUUGUCAAACUCAAUGAUUUGGCCAGACAGGGAUACUCAACUAUAUGAAGAAGGAAGCUCAAGAAGCAUGUCUAGAAGCAUAAAUGAUCCAAUGUUUGUUCCAGUGGCUGAUUUAAGAAAUUCGGUUCGGAGUCCAACCAAUAGAGCUUCAAGUAGUGCAAAUUUAAAUAUAUCAGGAAAUGUUACUUCCUCACCGCAUACUGGAUUGAGUUCAGCCUUCAAUUUACCAUCUAUUCCAUCCUGGGUUUCUCGUCCCAAUCCUCUACAUCAUCCACGGAGGUUAUCUGAUUAUGUUCAUCGAUCAUUGUUGUCAUCUGUUUCUGAGGCUGCUGGAGGUUUCAGCAAUAGCAAUUCUUUCUUGCGCUCUGCUCCUAUCACUUUAUCUGAAGCAAGGGCACCAUCAUCUCGAGCUGGAAGUCAAGGACGUCAUCAAUCGCACUCAAUAUCACCAUGGGUGGAGAGGCGAGGUGAUAGCAACUUCAGGCUUCCCUAUUCAUUGCAAACUCUGGCUGUUGCCAGUGAAGGAAGUGGUAGACUUGGAUCUGAGCUCCGCAGUGUUCUGGGCCUCAUGUGUAGGGGACAGAACAUUCGGUUUGAGGAUUUUAUGAUCUUUGACCAUUCAGUAUUUUCUGGAAUGGCUGAUAUUCAUGACCGACAUAGGGACAUGCGACUUGAUGUUGAUAACAUGUCUUACGAGGAGUUAUUGGCCCUGGAAGAACGGAUUGGAAAUGUGAGUACUGGAUUGAGCGAGGAAACUGUAUUGAAACUAAUGAAACGGAGGAAGUAUUCAGUUGAAGAAGGGUCUCAAUGCGAGGCAGAACCCUGCUGUAUUUGUCAGGAAGAGUUUGACAACGGGGAUGAUGUUGGAACGCUUGAUUGUGGCCAUGACUACCAUACGAACUGCAUCAAACAGUGGCUAAUGCAGAAGAAUCUGUGCCCCAUUUGUAAGACAACAGGCUUGGCAACUUGAGAUUUGUUCCUUGAUCCUCAACCAUUUUAUUCUACCUCCGAAGAUGGAGAUGAAAAGGAAGAUGAAGAUGAAGCGAACUGGCACAGUUACCUAGGAAAUUUUGUUUAGCUGAAGCGAGAACCUGCUGCUUCUAUUGCUUCAUUCACUAUGUGUAGCUUAGUCAAUGGCAUUUCUGUGGCACCUUUUCUGCUUUCAAAAGCCUCCCCUUUAUCUGCCCGCCCCUCGAUUUCUGGUUAUAGUGUAUUUGUUUUAUAUAAAUCCAAAGCCAAUGAUCUCCACAUAUGAUUGAUAAUUGGCGUUGAAAGAUUUGUUGUUAGCCUUGAUCUCCAGUCGACGUGCUUGGUUUACAAUCUUUUAUAAAAGAAAUUGUUACCUGGUUCAUGAGUC